AUGUCGAGUUCCAAAAUCAAACUACCCAUUACGGACAAAUAUGUUCACGUCCAGCUCCUCAAUGGAGGAAGUAUGACCGCCGAAUGCCACAAGAUUCACGCAGGAGAACCAGCAGACAGAUUCCGUCUAUAUAAUUGGGCCUUUUAUGUCUAUCAUCCAACAUCUCAGCGACAUAUCAUCUGGGAUUUGGGUUUAACAUCGGAUCCGGAAGACUAUGCUCCAGCUAUUUCAAACCGAGUAUUGAAAGAAGCCCAGUUUGAGGGUCCCUGGGAAUCGAUUUCAGAGCAAAUCAAGCGCCGAAAUGGGGUUACAGCGGACGAAAUAGACCGUAUUAUAUUCAGGUGGGAACAGACCCAAGUUCCCUCUACUGACAUUGCUCUGAUCCCCAUUGGUAGUCACGCACACUUCGAUCAUUGCAGGCCGGUACGCCAGACAUUCCCCAAUGCAAAAGUUCUAUUCGGGCCGGGCACGUCAGAGCAUUGUAGUCCAGGCCACCUCACAGACCCCUGCUCGAUCUGGGAUGGACGGUUCUUUGACCCUGAACAAGCAACAGAGCGCUGGGAGACACUAAACGGCCCAUGGGUGCCUUUUGGGCCGUUUGACCGCGCGAUGGACUUGUUUGGCGACGCAAGCUUCUGGAUCAUCGAGGCCCCCGGCCACAUGCCUGGUAACCUGUGUGCCUGCGCGAAGAUUGCAAUGGGUGAAUGGGUGGUCCUCGGUUCUGAUUGCUGCCAUUCACGGUAUAAUAACCCCAGCUCUGUCAUUACUGUUUUCACCGAGACACAAUCUAACAUCGAUAGAGCCCUGCUGAACGGCACCAAGGAAUUUGGGACCUUCAAACUGCCGGAUGGAUCUAUGUUUUGCCUGCACUCAGAUGUGUCUGCAGCAAAGGACACCUUGGCACGGAUGAGGGAAAUGGAGAGUCUGGGGGCCCACAUUGCACUAGCUCAUGAUACUACUUGGAUGGAGAAGGAGAAUGACCCGGUUUUGCUAUCAUUGCUAGACGCAGAAUUCCUGCGGGACAUGCGUGUUGCGCUGAGGCAGCAAGCACCAUUUUAG